GCUGAUUAAUGGGGAUUCCCCAGAGAGGUUUGGGAUACCGAACAUGGCGACCAAGAGAGCACACGCGUUGUCAUUUCAAAUUAUUGCAGAAUGUUCCACGACCAAGGCACGGGUUGGCAAAAUGACACUUCCCCAUGGGGUGGUGGAUACACCAGUAUUUAUGCCUGUUGGCACCCAAGGGACGUUAAAAGGCAUGUUACCCGAGCAACUGAAGGAAUUGGACUGUAGAAUCAUGCUGGGGAAUACCUACCACCUGGGACACAGACCAGGUCCAGAUCUGCUUGAGAAAGCCGGAGGUCUCCACAAGUUCAUGAACUGGGACAGAUGUUUGCUUACUGACAGCGGUGGUUUCCAGAUGGUUUCACUUCUCAAACUGGCAGAGAUCACAGAGGAAGGUGUGAAGUUUGAGUCACCCCACGAUGGCUCAGAGAUGAUGCUCACGCCUGAACACUCCAUCCAUAUACAGAACUCUAUUGGAGCAGACAUCAUCAUGCAGUUGGACGAUGUAGUACACAGCACAACCACAGGGCCCCGCGUGGAGGAAGCCAUGCACAGGACCAUAAGAUGGCUGGAUCGCUGUCUGCUUGCUCACAGGCGUCCUCAUGAUCAGAACAUCUUCCCCAUUGUACAGGGGGGCCUGGACGUGGAGCUCCGCAGGCAAUGUGCAAUUGAGCUGACCAAGAGAGAUGUUGCAGGGUUUGCUAUUGGUGGACUCAGUGGUGGGGAGGAGAAGACGCAGUUCUGGAGAAUGGUGGACGUCUCUACUGACCACCUGCCCAGAGAGAAGCCUCGAUAUCUCAUGGGAGUCGGGUUUGCAGAGGAUCUGGUUGUGUGUUCAGCUCUUGGCUGUGAUAUGUAUGACUGUGUGUACCCCACUAGGACUGCUAGGUUUGGUAAUGCGCUAGUACCAGAAGGGAGUCUGGCCUUGAAGAACAAGAGUUUUGCUGAUGACUACCAACCAAUAGACGCACACUGCACAUGUUCUACAUGCCGCAACUACACUAGGGCCUACCUGCAUACCGUGGCUACAAAUGAGGCUGUGGCCAGCUCUCUCAUUACAGUGCACAAUGUGGCUUAUCAGUUGGAUCUCAUGCGAAGUAUACAGCUAAGUAUCAAAGAGGACAGAUUCCCUGCUUUUGUCCAGAAAUUCUUCUCUAUACGACACCCAGAUGGACACUACCCAGAAUGGGUCAUCCAGGCACUGGACAAAGUGAAUAUCACACUACUGCACAACAGUGACUCGCAGUCGAACAAACUGGACAUUGCGGGGAGUGACCAUAUAGGACAAGAUGGUAUCAAAGUGUGACACUGGGAGAUUUAUAAACACUUUAUUGGAAACUUAUGUAUAGUUGUAUAAAAUUCAGUGUUAUAUACAAAAUAAUGUUAUUUUAUUCUAUAAAAAAAAAUAAUUGCAACCUG